GGCCCAAAUUAUAAGGCCCAUUUAUAAUAAUUAGUGUGUUUUGCUUUGAAUCCUUCCCUGACGAGUAAGAAGAGCCACCGGCAGCUGCUACCAGCGCCUCCUCAAAACUCAGGCGUUUUUGCUUCUUCGACAAUGGCAACAUGGUUGCAAAGGAUAAUUAGAACCAGAGCCUCUAGUUUUCCCCCAACAACACCAAAACUGCUCCCUCAUCAUUCUUCUCCUUCUUCUUCUAGAUUCUUCUCCAAAUCAACCCAAUACAUUGUGAAGGUUGGAAUACCAGAGUUUCUAACGGGAAUUGGGAAUGGAGUUGAAUCCCAUGUUGCGAAACUUGAAUCUGAAUUAGGUGACUUCCAGAAGCUUCUCGUCACUCGCACCCUCAAACUCAAGAAGCUUGGCAUUCCUUGCAAACAUAGGAAGUUAAUAUUGAAAUAUGCACACAAAUAUAGGCUUGGAUUAUGGAGGCCACGUGCUGAGCCCAUGAAAGCCUAAUUAGUUUUGGAGUAGAAGGGUAUGACCAAAUCAUAUACGUUUUGUCGCAGUGGCAUGACACUACUCAACUUUGCAUGAAAUGAUGAAAGUCAUUGCCUUAUCCAUCUUUUUCGUGAGGUUGUUUCUUCUGGAAAAAAAUAUAUUUGUUAUUUCCUAUCUUCAGGGUUGUCAUGGCAUUUUCCAUGUUUAAUCACAAGAUGAUUAGACAGCAUGUUGUGCAUGAUUUAUGUAUGAAUGUGAUAACUUUAGAUUUGGGGGGCUUGUGCCUUGUACAAAUGUCAUAACUUCCCCAAUAUUUUAGAUUUCAAUUUCACAAUAAGCAAUGAAACUAACUACUAAACAUGUUCCACC